UCUCCGGCGAAACACAAUUUAGUUUUGUUUAUGCCCUGCUGGCGGGCAUUUCUCUUGUGCUUGUUCUUCUCAGUAUUCAGCUAAUUUAGUUGUUAUAUUAUAAAAAUAGAAAAGUUUCCCUAAACACACUGUCUAUAUAUUUCCGACACGCGUUUGUCGGAUUUAGUUGGGAGAUUGUGUCAUUAACAUCGGACAGACAGCCAGCGAAAAUGACGUCGAAUUCCGAAGGUGGUGGCCAUCCCACCGAGCACCAUGAACAGGAGCCCAUGGAUGUGCGCAUCGACAUGCCGUGGGGCUACGUGGUGGGCAGGUGGUACGGAAACCGCCAGGUACGACCCAUUUUGGCUCUCCACGGCUGGCUGGACAACCUGGGAACGUGGGACAAAUUGCUGCCGCUGCUGCCGAAGCACCUGGGAGUGCUGUGCAUCGACCUGCCCGGGCACGGAUACUCCUCGAAGCUGCCGGAGGGGAUCACCUACCACUUCGUGGACUACCUGUGCGUGAUCCUGCGCGUGAUGGAGGAGUACAGCUGGCAGAAGGUCUCCCUGAUGGCCCACUCGAUGAGCGCCAUGCUGUGCUUCAUCUUCGCCUCGCUGUACCCUCACCGCACCGACCUGCUGGUCAGCAUAGACAUAGUGAAGACCCGCUAUCGGAAGCCCGCCUCGCAUAUCGACUACCUGCGCACCAACAUCGAGGGCUUCAUGCUGGAGGAUGAGCGAUUCGCGAACGCCAAGCGCCAGGAGCCGCCGGCCUACACCUACCCGGAACUGGAGCAGGUCCUCCACAAGGGCUCCGAGUACUCGGUGGAGCUGGAGAACUGCCGCCACAUCCUGGAGCGCAACAUCAGCCGGUCCACCAAGUUCCCGGCCAAGUACUUCUUCUCCCGCGACGGCCGGUGCAAGUACUACACCGAGUUCCACACGAGUCCGCCCUUCGCCGCCGAGCUGGCCAGGACCAUUAAGAACGUGCCCUACUGCGUGAUCAAGGGCUCCGAGUCGAACUUCAUAGACGAGCAGAGCGACGAGGUCAUCGGCAUCCUCAGGGAGAACAACCCGCACUUCGAGCUGCACGAGGUGCAGGGCACCCACCACGUCCACCUGAACAACGCCGAGGGAGUGGCCGCCAUCAUAAACCCCUUCAUCAUGCACCACCGACCGCCGCACCUGGAGACCUGGACGGUGGACGAGGCGGAGGAUUCGCUGCCCGAGGUGGUCAAGGAAUUCAAGUUGGCGGUGGAGGACUCAGAGAAUGUGAAGCGGAGGAAGAGAAAAAGCAACCUCUAGCUGCUGCCAGUAUCUCUGAGAUUCAAACAGCGGCGCGAUGCGAACCUUUUUUAGAGCGAAAGAACACUGAUUUCAUUAUGCCCUUGUGAUGCUCCAUUGAAGCCCCAAUGUUUUAGCAAAAUAUGUAGACAACUUUAGCUGAUUCUACUCUGAUUUUAUCAAACGGAAAAAGAAUUUAAAGAAUUCAAGAUAUUUGUUUGUAACUACUGAAUAAUAAAUAUUGUAAAUGUUAAAGUUAUA